UCUCGCAUUCUGUCUCGCUCUCUCGCAAUCUUUCUCAUUUUUUCAUUCUCACUGUUCUGUCUUGAACUUGUAGUCAGUCAGAGUAAUCGUGAUCAGUCUACAAUUCUUGAUUGCGCAAUGGGUCGUAGAAGGAUCAAGAUCGAGAAGAUUGAGUGCAAAGAAAAACUUAAUGUAUGUUUUUCGAAGCGAAGAACGGGAUUGUUCAAGAAAGCGAAGAAACUAGAUGAUCUCUCCGGUUCCAAGACUGCGACCAUCAUCUUCUCUCCCGCUGGUAAAGUUUUCACGUUCGGCGAUCCGGUAGUCGACUCCUUAAUCGACCGCCACCUCCUCCUUCAUCACCAUCAACCGCAACUUCUUAACCAAAGCAGUGUAGCCAUUGAAGAUGAUAACGGAAAAGUUGAUUUGAACGAUUCUGAAGAUCGGAUGCGAGAAAUCGAAUCUUUGUUGAUGAGAGGCAAGGAGAAUGUAAUGAAACGUGUAUUGGAGCAACAACAGAAACAGCUUGCUGUGCCUUCUUCUUCUUGCUUUCAGUCAGCCUUGCUUCCGAAUGAAUCAUUAUCUGGAAUUUCGUUUUAUUCGUCAAGCUCAUCACUGGAAACUUUUGGCGUUAACGGUUUUGAGAAUCCGGUUCAACUCGAGCAACCUGAAUCAGCGAGCGCAGGUGUUUCAUCUUCUUCUUUGGGGGGGUUUGGCGCAGUAGGUUGUGAAGCUCAACCUGAACGAACCGAGUUAGAAUUCGCAACGGACCCAGUAUUGCAACCCGAUUUGUUUUUUGACAUUGACGAGUUACUGAAGACCUUGUCUGACCCGCUUACACCGGAAGAACCCACCGAUUUGAACAUUGAUCAUCACCAACAACAGCAGCUUGGCCAAGGAUUUAAGAAUGGCGGAAUCUUGUCUGAAUCGGCCGCAGAGAAUACACUGCUCUUACUCCACCAUUGCAGUCUUGGGGCGUGA